GCGGUCAGACGGGGUCACAUGAUGCUCCGGUUUUAAUUAUCGUUGUAUUAAAGAAGAACAGAUGUGAAGCGAAGACAGGAGAGAUGAUGACUGACUAACAAUGUGGUCUCGGCCAAACACUUCAUAUCAGAGCCGAGAGGGUCACAGUGUUUCAGGGUAAACGGUGUAAACAAUGUAAACAGUGUAGUGUCUGUGUGUGUAUGUGCAUAUGUGUGUGUUUGUGAGUGUCUGUGUGAGUGUGUGUGUGUAAGUAUGUGUGUGUGUUUGUGAGUGUCUGUGAUAGUGUGCAUGUGUGUGCGUGUGUGUGUGUAUGUGUGCGUGUAUGUGUGAGUGUGUGUGUGUGUAUGUGUGAGUGAGUGAUUGUGAGUGAUUGUGAGUGAGUGUGUGUGCGUGUAUGUGUGUGAGUGUGUGUGAGUGUGUGUGUGUGUGUGUGUGUGCGUGCGUGCUCGAUGUCGCCCCCUGGUGGAUCCCCUCUCUGUUAGCCAUUAGCCUGCUAGCCUCCCGGCUCUGUGUGUUUGGUUGCUGUUAGCAGCAAGAUGGCGGCUCCCUGCCCGGCUCUAUAACUCUGUUUGUUGAAGCUCAGCCUCGCGCUGCUCCCUCACACUGAUGCGUGGAGCCGCCGUGACACGCACUGACCCACAGGAGUGCGCUUAGUUCCUGCUGGAGCCUGUUAGCCUUUUAGCCUUUUAGCCUGUUAGCCCAUUAGCCUGUUAGCAGCUUCCUGUGGACUCCUCGGGGCUAAGAUGGCGGACUGUGUUCAGUCUGCGGGCUAACUCCGUCUCUCUGCUCCAGGACCCUUUAACUGACCCUCCUGGGGGUUUAUAUUCUCUGAGUUUAAUAAAGGUGAGAGGUUCUCUGACAGACUGCGGUCCUCUGGGAACCUUGAACCAUUAUAAGCGAGGCUGCAGGGCCGGUUUCUGUCCCAUUAGCCGGUUUUCUAACCAGCCCGAAGAAGCUAACAGUGCUAACACCGAGCCGCUGCUAGCGGGCCGGACACGGUCCGAAACCCGAACCCGACUCCGGACUGAGUUUGGAUUUUACAGUCACUUCGAGGAGCGGGAGACCCGGACCCGGACUGCGGCGUCAUGGAGACCGAACCCGCGGUGCUGCAGCCCCGGUGGAAGCGGGUCCUGGGCUGGACUGGGCCGGUCCCGCGGCCCCGGCACGGACACCGAGCCGUGUCCAUCAAGGAGCUGAUGGUGGUGUUCGGAGGGGGGAACGAGGGGAUCGUGGACGAGCUCCACGUCUACAACACAGCCACCAACCAGUGGUUCAUCCCGGCGGUUCGUGGAGACAUCCCCCCCGGCUGCGCUGCUUACGGCUUCGUGUGCGACGGGACGAGGCUGCUGGUGUUCGGAGGAAUGGUGGAGUACGGGAAAUACAGCAGCGACCUUUACGAGCUGCAGGCGAGUCGCUGGGAGUGGAAACGUCUAAAGACCAAGGCUCCAAAGAACGGCCCGCCCCCCUGCCCACGCCUCGGACACAGCUUCUCUCUGAUUGGAAGCUGCUGCUACCUGUUUGGAGGACUGGCCAAUGACAGUGAAGACCCCAAGAACAACAUCCCAAGGUACCUGAACGACUUGUACUGUCUGGAGCUGAGGCCAGGCUCCGGCGUGAUUGGCUGGGAGAUCCCUCCCACCUCUGGGCAGCCGCCGCCCCCCCGGGAGAGUCACACCGCCGUUGUGACGAGCGGCCGCACGGACAACAGGCUCAUCAUCUACGGAGGCAUGAGCGGCUGCAGGCUGGGAGACCUGUGGGUGCUGCACAUAGACUCUCUGACGUGGACUAAACCAGCCCUCAGUGGAAACGCCCCCCUUCCCAGGAGUCUGCACUCUGCCACCACCAUCAACAACAAGAUGUAUGUGUUUGGAGGUUGGGUUCCUCUGGUGAUGGAUGACGUGAAGGUGGCGACCCAUGAGAAGGAGUGGAAGUGUACCAACACACUAGCCUGCCUUAAUCUGGAAUCCAUGUGCUGGGAGACGGUCCUGAUGGACAGUCUGGAGGAGAACGUCCCGAGAGCUCGAGCCGGUCACUGCAGCGUGGCCAUCAACUCCAGACUCUACAUCUGGAGCGGCAGAGACGGGUACAGGAAGGCAUGGAACAACCAGGUCUGCUGCAAGGACCUCUGGUACCUGGAGACAGAGCGCCCCUGCGCCCCGUCCCGGGUGCAGCUGGUGCGGGCGAACACGUCGUCUCUGGAGGUGAGCUGGGGGCCGUCUCAGACAGCAGACACUUACCUGUUGCAGCUGCAGAAGUACGACAUUCCUGCAACACCUGCAGCCGCCUCACCUGCCUCUAGCCCCGCCCCUAACACGGUCCCAGUUGCCACACCUGCAGCGAACUCCCCCAAGAGUCCGGCCCUUGUCGCCACAGCACCAGCCAACCAGUCGGUCCCUCUCUCAGGCAUCACGCUGCUCCCCUCCCCCACGUCCUCCGUCCCUGGAAGCCCAUUGGCCGCUGCAGCCAAAGCCCCAGCUGUCCUGAAGGUGGCAGCCUCUCCAGGUGCAGGAGCCUCCAUCGUUACAGUGAGACAGGCCACACCUAAGUCUCCGGUCGUCAUGACUACGCUUCCUGCAGGUGUUCGUAUGGUGGCACCUGCUCAGACGGGCCAAGUGACGCCAAUAGGAGGCGGUCCUCAGAUGAGUGGCAUGGCAGCGCUGGCAGCAGCCGCCGCAGCGACUCAGAAGAUCCCUCCGUCCACGUCGGCGAUGCUGAACGUCCCCGCGGGAGCAACGCUUGUCAAGACCGUCGCUGUAAACAACCCGGCCGCUUGUAUCCUGAAGUCUGCUGCCGCUCAAGUGGGGGGGGCCUCUGUAGUCGCCACUCCCGGAACCCCUGGCCGACCAAUCAUCACAGUGCAUAAAUCCGGCACAGUGACCGUCUCCCAGCAGGCUCAGGUGGUCACCACAGUGGUGGGCGGAGUCACAAAAACCAUCAGGCUGGUUAACAGCCCGCUGGGUGUGGGAGGAGGCGGGACUCUGAUCGGGAACCUCAGUAACCUUGGGAACCUUAGUAACCUUGGGAACCUUAGUAACCUUGGGAACCUUAGUAACCUUGGGAACCUUGGGAAGAUGGUGGUCCAGACCAAACCAGUGCAGAGUGGAGCUGGUCAGACUGGGGGCAGCCCAGUUACACAGAUCCUACAGACUAAGGGCCCCCUCCCUGCAGGAACCAUCCUGAAGCUGGUGACAUCAGCAGAUGGGAAACAGACGACCCUCCUCAGCACCGCGCAGGCCGGAUCCACGCACGCCAAACCCACAAUCCUCAGUGUCGCACCGGGAACCGGUGCUAAACCAGGAACCACCAUCAUCAAGACCAUCCCUGUGUCUGCACUGCAAGGAGGUGCGAACAGUCCGUACACGAUCCUCACCACCAAGAUGGUCACCGCAGGAAGUGCUGGGAAGAUCCUCACCACGGUCCCCAAGAUCACCGCAGGGGGUCAACAGGGGCUGACGCAGGUGGUUCUGAAAGGAGCUCCAGGUACGCCAGGUACAAUCCUCAGGACAGUCCCAAUGGGUGGAGUCAGAUUGCUUUCACCUGGAGCUGUUGGUUCAAAACCCACCGUCACAACACUGGUCGUCAAGGGAACCUCAGGUGUGUCCAGUCUGGGGACAGUAACAGGAAGUGUCUCCACCUCACCAGCAGGAGGAGCUACCUCCAACGCCUCUCUGACUACACCCAUCACCAACUUAGCAACCAUCGCCACACUGGCAGGCAAGGUUACCACGGCAACCGCCUCAUCAACAGGACCCAAACAGGUUACUCUUAUUACGACUCCAAGUGGGGCGGAGUCUCUGGUACAGGAUCUGCCCGUCUCCAUCAUGGCCUCCCCCACCUCAGAGGAACCAGGAAGUACUACAAAUACUACAAAUACUACUACUACUGCAGGAGAGAGUGGAGACCCCGCAGCUACUACAGUGACGCUGGUUUGCUCCAACCCGCCCUGUGAGACGCAUGAGACCGGAACCACCAACACCGCCACCACCGCCUCCUCCAGCAUGAGCCGACCUGCACAGGUGAGCUCCACCCCGCCCUCGGCUCCUGUCAGCCAGAACAUUUGCUCCAACCCGCCCUGUGAGACCCAUGAGACCGGAACCACCAACACCACCACCACCGCUGGAGCUGGAGGACUCAGACAGGUGUGUUCGAAUCCACCAUGUGAAACUCAUGAGACCGGAACCACCAACACCGCCACUACAGCUGGAGCUGGAGGAAUUAGACAGGUGUGUUCGAAUCCUCCAUGUGAGACCCACGAGACUGGGACCACCAACACCGCCACUACAGCCACAGCUCAGCAGGCUGGAGAUGCUCUGCAGGGAGACUCAACAGACCCCUCCUCCUCCUCUGACCCCGCCCCCUCCGUAGCCAGCCAGAGCAGAGCAGUUACUACAGUUACACAGGCCACACCCACUCCGGGACCAUCCAUACCUGAGAUCUCCUCAUUGGUCGGAGAGAGCAGGGCGGAGCUGUCUGAGGCGGAGGCUGUUCCCAUGGUGACAGAGGCGGCUGGAGAGCGAGAGGAGCCUAUGCAGACCGACAGCCAAUCAGAGCAUGUGAUGUCAUCAGAAGCUUCAGCAUUGCAGGUUCAUGUGGAGAGCAGCGAAGCAGCAGCACAGAUGACAUCAGACGGUGGACUUCCUCAGGAGCUGAUGUCAUCAGAGGGGGACGGCGGUGAGGCUGUGUCCGGGACGACGACGCUUAUGGUGACAGGACUGACCCCGGAUCAGCUGGCUGUUACCACGGCAGCAGAUGAUGCAGUUCAGCAGGCGACCAUCCAGGCGGUGCUGCAGGCGGCGGGGCACAUGGGGGGGAGCUCUGAGUCCAUCCCCAUUGUGCUGACCCAGCAGGAUUUAGCAGCGCUGGUCCAGCAGCAGCUUCAGGAUGUCCAAAACCAGCAAGAACCAGAAACGGAACCUCAGCACAGCAGCCUGCCCACAGAGGGCCUUGCUCCUGCAGACAGCCUGAAUGACCCUGCAGCAGAGAGCAACGGACACGAGCUGACAUCCUCAGCCGUGACCAGCGCUGUGGCCAGAUUGGCCAGUACAUUUGGCCCCGCCCCUCAGCUGACCGCCAGCCCAGCUAAGCUACAAACAGCUGCUCAGCUCACAGAGGUUGCCAACGGCAACGCAGCUCCUGCAGGGAGGGCCUGCGCAGCAGUGAGGUCAUCAGUGAAGGACAGUCAGUGGUACGAUGUCGGUAUCGUCAAGGUGACCAACACGGUGGUCUCACAUUACUACGUCCCCUAUGGAGACAACAUGGCCGAUGAUGACUCAGGUGUGGUACCUGACUACAGUCAGAUGAAGAGGGUGGAGCUUCAGCCGGGGACGGCGUAUAAGUUCCGUGUGGCGGGGAUCAACAUCUGCGGCCGCGGGGCGUUCUCCGAGGUCUCUGCCUUUAAAACGUGUCUGCCUGGUUUCCCCGGAGCGCCGUGCGCCAUCAAGAUCAGCAAGAACCUGGACGGGGCUCAGCUCACCUGGGAGCCUCCUGCUGUGACCUCAGGUAAGAUCACAGAAUACUCGGUGUACCUGGCCAUCCAGUCCAGUCAGGCGGGCUCUGGUUCUGGUUCUGGUCCGGCCCAGCUAGCCUUCAUGAGGGUGUACUGCGGCCUGAGCCCGUCCUGCCUGGUCCAGUCCUCCAGCCUCGCCAACGCCCACAUCGACUACACCACCAAACCCGCCAUCAUCUUCCGCAUCGCUGCACGCAACCAGAAAGGAUACGGGCCGGCCACGCAGGUCAGGUGGUUACAAGAGAGCAGUAAAGAUGCUAAACCAGCGGUGAAGAGAGCGGGAGCGUCUCCUGAUCAGAAACCCGUCGGACCAAAGAAGUUCAGAACCGACCAAUAGGAGGAGCUGACAUUCUGCGCAGGACUUGGAUUGGUUCCUGUUGUCUUAAGCUCCACCCUAAAGCUGGUUACCAUGUCAUCGAGGAGGAGAAGGCGGGGCUUCCUGUCCCACAGGAAACAGAAUAAAUAAAGACUUGUAGGAUAUUUGUAAUAAUGCAGCGGUUGUCAUGGAGAUGGCGAGGGGUGGAGUCAGUUGUUGAGCUUUGAAUGAACCAAUAAAGUUUGAGGAUCUGAAAUGUAGAUGUAGCUCUCUCUCUGUCCCCCCACACAGGACUAAGAGGUCAAAGGUCAUGGUGCUAAGAGAGGCGGAGCUCAAACCAACUGUGUUGUAAAUUAUUGUUUCCUUUUUUUUAAAGAUGAACAUUUCUUCUUCUGUGGUUUCUGUUUCUUCUUCUGUUGAUAAUGUGUCUGAUGGUGCAGUGACGGAGCGCUCUCAUUGGUCAGUCUGAGCAGGAAGUGAAUGAUUUUUCAUGUUUGUGAAUAUUCUCUGGAACAAUAAAGAUUUUUAGAGCAUUUUUUUA